UAUACAGAGGAACUAAAUUAUAAAAAAAAAAACAGAUUACGUUGAAUCGAAUGUCCCAGCUGCGAUCUGAUGGAUCAUGUCAUAAGUUUAAGUACUAGAUACACUAUAAACUUUAAUUGAUAAGCUGAUCCCGCGAGCACGGUGUAAAAGAGUGAAUUGGUCUUUGAUAAAUUAAUCAAAAAUGUUGAACGAAAUAUUUAUCAAACAUCAUCAAAUUGGUUUGCGGAUCAUCGGGGCUUGGCCAACCUGUCCCCUUAUAAUGGGAUAUUACUUUGGUAUGGGAAUAUCAGUAUUUCUAAUGAUUUUUGCAGUGUGGAAUGUCGUCGAAGUGUACGAUGAUCUUGAAGUACUCAUGGACAACCUCGUCUCAUCAAUCGGAUGCGUAUUGGGUUUAUGUAAAAUCACAAUUUUCUAUCUGAAACAUAAAAGCCUCACGCUGGUAAUAAACACAAUUUCCGACGACCACUUGCAAAAUUCAAAAUGCGAAGAGCCUCGAUCGGAAGUGAUGCUGCAAAAUAGUACUCGAUCUCAAUUAAUAUCAAAAUGUAUAAUUGUGAUGUACAACUCGAUGAACAUGACGUACGUUUUGAGAACCUUAGCGUCCUACGUGGUCGACGAGGUGCAGGAUCGAAAAUUCCUUGCCCAAGUUACUUUUCCCGUCGACGCGAGGCAAUCGCCGCUUUAUGAAUUUAUCUUCAUCGGCCAAGUGAUCACUGCAUCAAUAUGUUUUAAUUCCAAUGCCUUUAUCGAAGGGAUGCUUGUCACCGCGGUUCUUCAUGCAUCCUCAAAAAUUAAUCUUGUUCAGAGGGAAAUUUCGACGUUCUCAACUACGUAUUCGACUAAUAUGAACGAUAGAACGUUAACUCUAGUGGCUUUGAAGCGAUUAGUUCAGAAACAUUUAGAAUUUGUCAAAUUUUCACAAGUUAUCCAAGAAAUUUUCUCACCUGUUACUUUCUUUCACAUAUUUUCAUUAACCUUGUUACAAGUGACGUCUGCAUAUUUAUUUUUAGACGGGUUAGAAAAAGGUUCCGAGCCUAUAAUUUUGAUUCACAAUGCAACUCUAGCAAUGUCAUUGUUAGUCAGUACGGGAUAUUAUUGUAUUGUUGGAGAAUAUUUGACAAAUCAGAGCGAGGUGAUUUUCAACGACCUUUACAACUGUAUGUGGUACACUUUUUCCAAUCAAGAUAAGAAAGCAGUCAACUUCAUGCUUGCAAAAGCUCGAGAACCGGUUCACUUGACUGUCGGAAAAUUCAGUAACUUGUCGCUCAUUUACUUAACAAGUAUAAUGAAGACUUCGUUUUCAUACCUUUCCGUAGUGCGCGCAGCCCGUUAAAGCGAAC